AUGAAUCCCGAUAUGAACAACCUCCUCAAAUGGGGUGUCGCCAACAGCCAGGCCCCCGGCACCGAAGGCAAAGACAGAACACCAGACCUGAAAGCUGCUGCAUCGCAGCUGACCCCGCAGAUGAUCAACACACUCUUCGGCGGUCCUUCAGAGGCCGACCUUAUGAAGGCAGCCAUGGAGGUGCUGCACGAUAACGAGUCCGACCUAGAGAACAAGUUGAUCGCCUUCGACAAUUUCGAGCAGCUGAUUGAAGGCAUCGAUAAUGCGAAUAACCUCGAGCCAUUGAAUUUGUGGGCGCCGCUAGUCCAGCUGCUCAAGCAUGAGGAGCCCGAGAUCAGGCGUUACGCGGCUUGGUGUGUUGGUACAGCAGUGCAGAAUAACCCCAAGGCACAGGAUAAGCUUGUUCAAAUGGAUGCGCUCCCCACACUCGUUUCCAUUGCUACCACGGAGACCGACAAUGCAAUUCGCAAGAAGGCUAUCUACGCUAUUUCCUCAGGAGUCCGCAACCACCAGGCUGCCAUGGACGAGUUGACUAAGAGCCUGCCUGAGGGCUAUCCCACCGAUAAGACCGAUGCCGCUGAUAUGGAGGCCAUCGAUGCUAUUAUGGACAAGCUGCGCUCCCACCUGAUUGAGUCCUCGGCGUGA